AUGUGGCUCGAAACUAGUAGAGCUUUUCUCAAUAUAAACACUGUGGAUUAUGAAGGUGGUGAUGAUAAUGGUGGUGGUGGUGAUGAUGAUGAUGAUGAUGACGACGACGGUGAUGAUGAUGAUGAUGAUGAUCAUGAUGAUGAUGACGACGGUGAUGAUGAUAAUGGGAGUGGCGAAGGUUACGAUGAUGAAGAUGAUGAUGGUAAUGGCGGUGACGGUCGUAAUGAUGAUGAUGAUGAUGGUAAUAAUGAUGAUGAUGAUGAUGAUGAUAGAGGUGUAAAAAGUCCUUACGUUUUGGAAAUAAAAUCAGUGUCGAGUAGCUCGGGCAGCACUUUGAUGAUGUCAUUAGCAGCCUGUUCGAUGAUAGUUUCUAUGGAGGCACCGCCUGCAGCCACAACCUCCUUCGGUUGCAGAUCACGAAGCGUAGCUAACAAAAACAUCGUAUUUUUACACCUUGUGCUUAACGUAGGGUAA